CCUGCCCGAGUACCACUCUCCAAUCUCCCUCCCGACUCAGCCGGAUAGGCCGCCACCCGCCGCUCCGCGCCUCUCUGCCUGGCCGCCUCUGAGCUCCGCGUUUUCCGCCCGGUGUCAAUAUCUCGCCCCGGCGCGCAGGCUCAGUAGCCCAGUCCGCCACCGCCCACCGGUCCACCGCGGCACACCGGCAUCGCGAGCCUCCAGGUUGUCUUGAUGAAUACGUUGGCAAAGAAUCAAUCUUUAUUGGCUAAUAAACUUAUUCCCCUGUUGUCGACCCACAAUGAUCUCACCAUUACACAUUUGAAGCAAAUCCACUCACAAAUCAUCUCCAAUGGAUGUCUCAAUUCUACCGAGCUUCUCACUAGCUUCAUUUUCUCAUGUUAUAACUCUCAAAACACUAAGUAUGCAGAGCUCAUUUUGCAUAGUCUUCCAACUUCCGUUCCGUUGGUAUGGAAUUCGAUGAUUCGGGUAUCUCUUGACUCACAGAACCUUAAAGAUUUCUUGGAUAUCUAUCAUUGGUCGAGGCUUUACGGGUUCUUCCCUAACAAAAGCACCACCUCUUUGAUUUUACGUUUUUGUGCUCGUUUCGGUGCGUCCCAGUUAGGGAAAUCCUUUCACUGUCAGAUAGUGAAAAUGGGGUUUCAAUUUGAUGUGGUUCUGCAGACUGGGUUGCUCGACUUUUAUUCAAAGAUUGGGGACCUGAGAUUGGCUCGGAGGGUGUUUAACGAAAUGUCUGAAAUAGAUGUCAUUGCAAAUAAUGUUAUGAUUUCAGCUCUAAGUAAACACGGGUUUUUUGAUGAGGCAAAGCAGCUGUUUGAGAGUAUGCCCGAGAAGAAUGCUUCGUCGUGGAAUUUGCUGAUCACUGGUUACUGCAAAGCGGGUGACGUGGAAUCUGCGCGCUCUGUCUUUGAUCGGAACCCAUCAAAGGACGUAAUUUCUUGGAAUGCAAUGAUUGAUGGAUAUUGUAAGUCAGAACAGUUGGUUUAUGCAGAGGAGAUGUUUACAAAGUUAGGUUCUUCUAGAACUGCUGUGAGCUGGAAUACAAUGAUUGCUGGGUAUGUGCAGUGUAGGGAGUUUGCCAGAGCUAUAAACUUGUUUCAGGAAAUGCUAAACGAGAAGGUGAAACCAACUGAGGUGACAAUGAUCAGUUUGCUGUCUGCAUGUGCUCAUAUCGGAGCAUUAGAUAUGGGCGAAUGGGUUCAUGCCUACAUCAACAAAAAUAGAUUUAGGGUUGAUGCCGUUUUAGGCAAUGCUCUUAUAGACAUGUACUGCAGAUGUGGAAACAUGGAAGCAGCUCUUGAUGUUUUUCAUGGCCUCCAUACUAGGAAUACAUUUUGUUGGAAUUCCAUCAUCGUGGGUCUAGGAAUGUAUGGCUAUGGAAGUGAGGCCAUAGAUGCUUUUAACGCAAUGCAAAAGGAAGGUACUAUAAAGCCCGAUCGGGUCACUUUUCUAGGGCUUCUAUGUGCUUGUAGCCAUUCUGGCUUGGUUUCUGCCGGCAAAAGCUAUUUCUCUCAAAUGAAGAGUUCUUAUGGAAUUGAACCUGGAAUUGAACAUUAUGGAUCAAUGGUUGACCUUUUAGGCCGAUCCGGACUUCUAGAAGAAGCAAUGGAACUCAUAAAAACCAUGCCUAUGAAACCAAAUGUUGUUGUUUGGGGAAGCUUGCUCCGAGCAUGUCACGUUCACAAGAACAGUGAACUCGGUGAACAAGUUACCCAGCAUCUCUUGGACUUGGAUCCGCACGAUGGAGCAAACUAUGUUUUUUUGUCCAACCUCUAUGCUUCCUUAAACCGAUGGACCGAUGUUGCCAUGUGUCGGAAGUUGAUGAAUGAGAGGGGGGUGUUAAAGAUGCCGGGAUGCAGUUCGAUCGAAGUUGACAAUAUAUUGCACGAAUUUGUAGCUGGUGACACUUCGCAUCCUCAGUUUCCUCAAAUCAAUGCAUUGUUGGAUAAGAUUGCCAAGGAUCUGCAGGCUAAUGGUUAUGAACCGGAUACAUCAUCCGUGCUGCAUGACAUUGAUGAUGAGGAAAAGGAGGAUGUGAUUAGAUACCACACAGAGAGAAUUGCUGUGGCUUUUGGUCUGUUGAAUACACUGCCUGGAAAAACAAUCCGCAUUGUUAAGAACCUGAGAACGUGUGGUGAUUGUCAUGUGGCCUUGAAAUUUAUUUCAAAAUUAUACAAGAGAGAGAUAGUGGUGAGAGAUAGGAACAGAUUUCAUCACUUCAGGGAAGGGCAUUGUUCUUGCAAGGAUUAUUGGUGAUUUAACAAGGCUGAAUGUUUCACUUUCGACGGAUGAUCCUUUGCAAAUUCAUCUGACGAAAGAGCCUCUAGUGGAAGAAUACAGCAUUGCAGCGAAGGUUUGGAAGACAAAUUUGUGCGACCUUUGUGAGAUAAGAUAGCGAGGAGUUCUGUUUACCAGUCUGGAUUUUCUCAUGAUGAUGACAAGCGGAAGGGCAACAAGCCGAUAAUCGAGGCAGCACAGUCCAUUCAAAUGGACCUCGGAGGAAGAAUCAUUGUUUGCCUCUGCUUGGGUUGAUGUUUUCGAGCAACCUAUCGUUGAGGUUCCGAGCAAACGAAAGAUGCGAUGUGGGAUUCGUUUCGAGUAGAAGUUCUUUGCGGCGAUGAACAAGGAUGUCUCCUACUGAACGCGAGACUAACUCACUUCCAAAUGGGGCCACAUCAACCGUAAAGUCCAAAAGUUUAUCGGAGUUUACGAGGAAUGCUCUCGGUUGCGGAAGAGCAGGACGAACAAUGUUGAUGUUCUGCGACAAGCCACCACCCGCUAUCAAGACGACGGACACCAAGGCAAGGUCCCCGUCGAUCUUUAGUGAAUUUUAAGUCAUUCACCGAAAUGGCAACAACUCAACAACCCCGAGAUCAAAUCGUCAAAGAAAAGAUCCUCCGCCAGGUUGAGGCAAAUGAGACUAUUGUUUCUUUGGAACAAAAGCCUUCCUUCAUUCUAGACGACUCCGGUGACGAGAACCCCAUUCUACGACCAAUCAUAAGGAAGAAGGCAAAAUACAUUGUCUCGAGUUCUGGAGGAUCCGACUUUGUUUCCUCUCACGACAAAAUCGUCCGGGCAAUGAUUAAACAACUGCGGGUGUUCAAUAUUAGGGAAGAAGAGAAAGAGAAACGAAGGCAAGAGAAGGAAGAGAUCGAAAUAAUGGAAACCGACAUUGAUACGUUAUCGAGCUUCAAACAUAUGUUUUUUGAGAGAAGACAAAAAGAGAUGAAGACUAAAUAUAAUUUGCCUUA